CGCCUCUCCCCGCCACGUCACUCCGUGCCGCGCUAGCCUGGCAGCCUGGCUGGCGGCAUGGCGUUCGUCAAAUUGUGCAGUGCAGUGCCAACCCAACGCCAUGCGAGAUGCAACCCUCGGCUUCAACUUGAACGUGGUGUCCAGUGAAACCGUCAGUGUUUCCCAUCGACGGAUUCCACUCGGCCGUUCGGACCGCUUGCGAAGAAAGCAGCAGCCAGGGUGAAGGCGGCCGACGGCCGACGCCAACGCCCAAGCGACUCCUCCACUGUUUACCUGAAUUGAAAGCAACAAGGUAUAAGCUGUUGGACAUGUUACCCGAUCCUCGUGGCUCUGGGGCAUCUAUGGAGCAAGCAUUGUCUGCGUACAUCGCACUCCUCCAGGGCCUCAUAGAAGCUCCCGAUGGCAGCGGGGCCCCAAGCAAGCUGCGUCAUGCACUUCUUUUCAAAUGGUCACACUCUCUUCUCGGCACAAGCCCUCAGAUUCAGCAAGAUGCGGUUUUUGAGGCUGCAAAUAUGUUUGUCAAUGUGGCUAUUUGGUUCAUGAAACAUGCUUCCACUUUGUGUGUUAAAGAAGAAAUGAAUAUGGAUGAUGCCAAGGAAGUGCAUACUGCUCUGCGUCGUGCUGGAGGAUUAUUUGAAGUUGUUCAGAAAAAGUUUCUGCCAAUGCUUCGUGAGAGAGCCAGAGACGGAGGGGAUCUGGAUCCUCGAGUUGUGAGAGCCUACAGGGACCAGUGUACAGCAGAAGCUCAAGAAGUGUCUGUGGCCAGAGCUCUGGAGCUGAAACACAAUCCAAGCCUGAUAAGUGCACUUGCCAAUGAAACUGCCAAAUUGUUCCAUGAGGCAGACGCAGCACUGAGUUCUCUGGAUGACAAAGUAGCUGGGCAAUGGCGCAAGUACUUGCAGUUGAAGAACCACUUCUACAUGGCCUAUUCAUAUACAUACUGUGGUGAGAACCUGCUUUCUCAAGACAAAUGUGGAGAGGCGAUUCGAGCAUUGCGAGAAGCCCAGACGCAUUAUGAAAAAGCUACAGCCCUUUGCAAAGAUUAUGCCACCACCAAAGGACCAGCACCCCGCACAGGAAGGCCAGACUACUUUUCUUUCUUCAAAAAACUUGCUUUGAGCUUCAAACUCACUCUUGAAAAGUGUGAAAGAGAGAAUGGAUUCAUAUAUCACCAGAAAGUACCCACAGAUCCUCCUGAGCUAGAAAUGAAGGCAACAUAUGGCUUGGCUAGUCCUGUUGAAUUCCAAAUGCCCAACCAUUCGCCGCUUUGGACACCUGUGGCAUUUGCUGCUAUUGAUUACCCCAAAACAUCAACUGAUGCGGCCAACUCUAAUGCUGCAGCUAAAGUUGAAGGAGACCUCAAACCAGUAAAUGAGGUGAAAAUUGAAGGUGUCAAUACAGAAGCCAAAUCUGAUGACAGGAAUUGUGUUCUGCAAUAGUGUGGGGGUAUCUGAGGUGCAUGCUGGAAUUAUCUUUCUAUUUGUUACCAUGCUUCAAAGUCAGGUGUUAAAAAUAUUUAUUUUAUUGACAAAAAUUAAUGAAUAACUAUGGUUAUGUUAUACUACUCCCCUUUUAAAACUUCUUCUUUUGAUGUGGGGAUUUUUAAAAAAAGUGGGAAUCAAUUUGCAUUUGAAGAUUACUUUAUUAACUUUCCUAUUGUUGGGUUUCAUUUAUUUACCAUUGGUUCCAUUCCUGCCUUUCGAAUAAUUAGCUGAAGAAGUUGCUGCCUCUCAUUGAAACGUCUAAUCUAUGUUGUAUUGCUGCACUGGAACUGACAUUGGCAGUUGCCUGCAAGAAGACAGUCUUUGAAGAAUGACUUCAAUUAUUCUUGAUGAAGGCCAGCUUGGUAUAUGAUCUCAAGGUUCAGUACUUGUACCUUUUUUGUACUAGUUUUAUUGGAUCCUUUUACUUGUGGAGGAAAUAUACCGGUAACCAAUGUAUGUGUCUUGCAGAUUGUAUUAGAAAAGCUUGGUAUUAGCUAAUCACUCAUCUUUCAUUUUGAGACCUGGUUUUAACCUGUACUUUUAAGAACUUCGCCUAGUCAUUUUUACUUCCUUUAGGGCAAGUAUGAGAUUCUUAUUUUUAUCAUGUUUCUUUUUAAAUCAUUUUUAUGUCUAUAUUUUAUUUUGUAUUAUCCACAAAACUUUGAUUCUAAUUUACAAUUUAUUUUACAUUGUGAAUGAGACUAAUAACUAGUCUGCAUCUUAUUUUUUUUUUUUUUUUUUUUCAUGGGUCCAGAGCCCGAAGGCCUGUGGUAAGCAAUAAUUGUGUUGUGGAUAAAGUCCUAAAAAAAUGAAGUUACACUAGCAUGCUAAAUUUCAUCUUCCAUUGCAUCGAUUGGAUUAUAGAUGCACUUGGUAUGUUCACUGCAACUGCUUCAAAGCUACUCUUAUGGUAGUUCAUUAACAUGUUAAAGCAGCAGCUUCCAAAUUGCAAAAUGUAUCUAGUGAUGGUAUUAUAAUGAUAUGGUAUUCCCUAUUUUAUUAAUUAAAAUAUUGACACAGGCUUCUUUUUUGUGUAAGUUGUGAUCAAAGAUUUAUUGUUUAUAAUAAAAAACAAAAACAAUGCA